GCUGGUAGGGGGAGAGAGAGAGAGAAGAGAAAAGCACACAAACACAAAUAGUAAGAAGCUGUAGGAAAUACCAUAGACAGUUGGUGCACAGAUGUACAUUACAGGAAGGUUUUAUUGUUUCAAAUCAAAGGGAGUCCCUUGGGUACACCUGUAACUCCCUUCCUGUUUUAUUCCUAUCUAAGUCAUCCCACCAACAUGUACACUUUAACAAAUGUGACCCUGCAGGGCAACGAAAGAAAGAAAGAAAAAAAACAACAACAACAACCUUUGGAGGGCGUCCAGGCAAUUAUUUUAUUUUUUACUACCUGCCUUUCGUCUUCAUGGCACCGCAUUUCUGCUUUACCACUUGUUUCAACAAGGCUCCCUCUUUUUAUCUUGAUACCUAAUACCCCCAGCCUCCUGCUUUCUCCUUCUGGCAACGCGAGCRGCUCUGCCUGAGUCUCCACCCUCCCUUCUCUCGGCACGCUGUGCCCCUGUAUCCCUGGCAACCGAUGAUAUCAUUUAGUCCAGAGCUGGGAGGAAGGCCUCCAGUGAGGAGGGGAGUGUUUGCGUUUGUGUGCGAUUUUUGACACAGAAAGGAGAGGUUGAGUCGGCGGUGGGGGCAGGAGACCGUCUGUGGGGKUUUUUAAACUUCAGCUUUUUUUUAUUUAUUCACAACAGUACUUAUAAGGGACAGGCUGAUAUGAAAGUGCUUUGCAUAAACGUAGCACAGUUUCAGAGUAUUCCCUSGAAAACACAGAGAAAGAUAUUUAAUAUCAUCCAAUUGCUUUAUUUUAAAUAUAAAACCCCAAUUGUCUGCAGAAUGCUUCUAAAAUCAUCUGUUAGUUCAAGUAGCUACAAUAACGGAUGCGCCAAUCAAGUUUUCCCUCAUCACUACCAAUUUGGAUUUUCUUUGCGGUCUGUCCUGUUGACUCAUAUUUCCCUUUUCUUCCUAAGCUGCUGUCACACUGUUCCCCAUCUUGCCAUGUGYGCCAGCAUUAAAAACAAAUCCAUAGGAACAUGGGUCACAAAGCCGCGAAUGAAGGAAAUUAAUAAGACUGCAUGGAUCAACAAGUUCUGAACAGGGCAUGUACGCAGAGAUCAGURGUGUGGAAAUGCACACUAUUCUGCUUCACCUUGACCCGGUUCAUUACUGUUCUGUUAAGCAUUUCACUUUUCAUAUUUCCGGAUCACCUGGGGACAAUCGGCCAGGUACUGACUAGCCAAGUUUAUCAGACAGUAAGUCAGGGAGGCAUUAAGUUUCACUUUCAUUUUCAAGCAUCYGGUGCCUAGAGGUGAGUAAACUAUCUGGACAAGAUAGCAUGAAAUGAAGUCAUUUUGUAUUAUAUUACGGGUCACUGCUGGAGUCGCAUUGAUUCUUGGAUUGAUCCCAUCAGCUGGUUGCUGGUGUAUCCUGCAGGGUUCAAUUUUGAGGCAGGUGAUACGAUGUGGGCUUCAUGUCUUCCAACUCAAAUGAAAGGCUGACGGACGACAGCGUGACAUCAGUAUAAGGACUCUACCACACAGAGGAGAAAAAUGCGUCGCACGUUCUUUGAGUAGACUCGAGUCAGCGACAUUACACUGACCCAUUGACGGAUGGAAAAAUCUGAUUUCUCAGUAURUAGCCAUCUACAGGUAUUUUGAUUUAYACUGUAUUGUACUGUAAUCUACCGCAUGCAGGAUGUAAAAAAACAAUGCUAAGAAGCCCCCAUUUAAUAGAAUUACCAAUUAGAGCUGGUCAAGGAAAAAUUGGCCGAUUCUGAUGUCUGGUCGAUCGAUUUCUGCAUCUCUCGUUGCAAUACCAGUAUCAAUCAGAUUUACCUGUUGUUAUAUUUUUAUAAUACAUGAACACAUACCUAUUCGUUUCAGAGCUGUAGUUUUUAAGGGUAAUGUUUUAGUUUUUAAGCGUCCUUAGUUUCCCAACGAUGCCUGCGUUUGGAAGCAAGUUCAGAAAGACGGAUUGCUGCAAAGUCAACAACUCAAYGCAAUYAGCUGGRCACCCUCAUAUAGAGACUUGGUUCUUUUUCCUCAGCUGACAUCAGGAACUGAAUUUAAAUGCAGUGCAUUAUAUCUAGGCUGGAAUUUAAAUGUCAAUUUGAAUUUAUCCCCGUGACCUACUUCAACUGAAUUAGAAGUGCUUGCUAUUAACUGGCACUGCAUUAUUACUGAAAGAGCCAAGUUUCUCUAAAGUUUCCCUGCAAGCAAUCAAAAGUGCUGGACUCUUAUGGAAGCCAGCUGACCAACAGCAUCCAACGACACGUGGGGGAGGGGAAGCAAUCUACUCUUCAUGAAGUUGGAGAAAACGGAGGGCGCUCUACGGGCUCCUUUGUGAUCUUUGCAAUAAAUACGAUGGGAGAUCUUUGUGUUUAUGAAAUCCUAACUUUUUAAAAMCCCCGAGUCCAGCUUGGAUGCCUGUAGCCUGCCCCAGGCGACGACUGAUGGGUGAGCAGCAAUAUUCAAAGAAUGUGGAGCGCUAAGUUUUCAUUUCUAAGCAGAAUGACGUUAGAAACACCACAAUCAUGCAUCAUCUAAGCUAGCUGCAGCAAAACCACUGCAGAUGUGCAUCUUUUGCAGCGUGUGCAUGCGUGUUUCAUGCAGUGGAUCAUGCUCCUAUACCAUAAAAGGGAAGGAAGGUCUGCCACACACACACACACACACACACACACACACACACCCACCCCUGCACACACCAUAGUUGCCUCUUGUGGUUUCUUAGCCAACGCAAGGAGAGGACAGGCAGAGAUCAGACCGAGUGGAAGCAACAAGGUAUACAGACAGACUGGACGCCGACUGGACCCCCCACCAACACCAGCAGCGCCACCUCCCCUAUAGCCUCGCCGACUACAUGCMCAGCUCCYAAUCAGACGCAGACAUGAGCCGGGCUCAAAUGCUCACAUAGCGAACGUACAACCUCCAUUUCUAUUCCCCCCCUCUUCUCCCUAUUCCAGUUAACAGCAGCUUCUGCCGGCAUACGCUCCAUAAAGCUCAGCCCCUCCGAGGGGGUGCUGGAAUGUACCAAGGCAAGCAACUGUUGUGCAAGACUUCAAUCAUGUGGAGAGAUGCAAGGACUCGCUCUACAUGGGGACGCCGCCACGUGGGAUUGUCGACAUCAGGCUAAAGAAGAUCUGCCAACGCUACGCAGACAAACCUCGAUAUGUGACGCUGUACGAUCCUCACAAACGGAUCCCGGUUUACUCGGCUUAUACCUUCAAGAAAACAGAGGGAGACAGGCGUGUGGACUACCCUUGGAUGUACGAACCACAGCUGGCAGAAAUCGAUGGAAAUGGGAACAUGUUGCCGUUCCCCACUGGCUACCUUCACAUGAAGUUCGAGGACAGCCAGGCAGUGCUAGACGACUACUCUGACGUUGUUCUUUAUGAAAGAGGACACUUGAACCCAGACCAGCACCAGUCCACUCCACACGACCGCGCCGCCACCUACACACUGACUAAUGUGGUCCCAGAGAUCAGGGAGUUCAACAUCGGACCGUGGCGUGAGUAUGAGGAGCGAAUCCGAGUGCGCCUCAACAACUUCUGCCGUGGCACUGCCUACAUCGUCACUGGAGUGACCACCCGGGGGAACAUGAUCCGACGCAACAACCAGGACCGGGUGGCCAUCCCCGAAGACAUAUGGUCCGCGUACUGCUGCACCGAAUACGACCGCAACUCUCCCCACGACAUGCGCAUCCUCUUCCCGUCCCAUGCGGCCUUGGCCAAGAACGCCAAAGAGGGGAACAGUGUUCAUGAGAUGACGGUGCAGGAGCUGGAGAUGUUUCUGAAAAACCACAUGGAUGUCGACCAGAACCUUCAGAUCUUCUAUGACAACUGCGUCUCUCCCUCGCCUCUCCCACUGUACCUGCAGCACACCAUCUGAGGGACGUCCCAUUUACCAUGUGUUGAUCUGUUAGACAUGUGUGAUCGUGCUAGAUUCAAACAUUUCUCCUAAUAAGAAAGGUCAAUAAUAUAUUCCACAG